CCCUUGUUUUGCCUCACAGCCAGGCCCACGCGGCGGCGCCAGCUGGGGUGGCCCGGGGCGCGGAGCCUGGGCGAGAGGCUAUCGCAGGUGCUCUCGGCAGGAAACGGGGGAGAGGGAGGAGCGCGCGGGAGGAGGAGGAGCGCAGGAAGAGGAGGGAACUGCUAUUUAGCGUGCCUGGCGCACUCCGACAGGUGCCCUGCGCCGCUCUCGCCGCGGCGGCGCCCGCGGCGGCGCCCGCGGCGGCGGCCGCGGAGGCGGCCGCGGCGGCGGCCCCGGCGGCACUCCGAGAGGCAUCCAGCAAGGCGCCUCAGCGCCGCGCGAGCGCGCGAGCCGAGGCGCCGCCCUACGGGGCGAGGUCGGCGCGCCCCGCGGGGCGGCGACGCCCUUGGAGGCCGCGCCGCGCUCGUCGUGGCGCUCGGCAUCGUUGUCGCGGUGGUGGCGUUGGUGCGUCGGGGUGGUGCGUGUCGUCCGACGCGCCAGCGCCCAGGGCGGAGGCCCCUGGCAGGAGGUGUCACCUGAGCGCUGCCGCCCAGCACGAAGCACCUC